AUGACUGACGCGACCAACGCAAACGACGAGCUUUACCCCAUCGCAGUCCUCAUCGACGAGCUCAAGCAUGACGAUGUCUUGCUCCGUCUCAAUGCCAUCCAUCGCCUGUCCACCAUUGCUCUCGCCCUCGGCGCCCAGCGCACCAGAGACGAGCUUAUCCCUUUCCUCGAUGAAUCGGUCGAAGACGAGGAUGAAGUCCUGGUCGCGCUGAGCGAGGAGCUAGGCAGCUUUGUCGAGUACGUUGGCGGAUCAACAUAUGCCCAUGUUCUGCUCUCGCCAUUGGAGAACCUGGCCGCCAUCGAAGAGCCAGUCGUUCGAGACAAGGCCGUCGAAUCCUUAAACAAGAUAUGCGAGGCCCUCUCACCACAGCAAGUCGAGGAGUACUUCAUCCCCCUAACCAUCCGACUCUCCAAGGCCGACUGGUUCACCUCAAAGGUCUCCGGUUGCGGCCUUUUCACAACGCCCUACCGCAAAGUCUCCCCCCCGACCCAAGAACAGCUUCGACAGCAAUUUGGCCUCAUUGUCCACGACGACACGCCAAUGGUCCGCAGACAAGCCGCCACUAACCUCGCCAAAUUUGUCAAGGAGAUGCCAGCGUCCAUUGUCAUUGAGGACAUGAUACCGCUGUUUCAGCAUCUGGUCCAGGAUGACCAGGAUAGCGUGCGACUACUUACCGUCGAAGUCCUCAUCUCCAUCGCGGAAGUCGUACCUAAAGAGCAGCAGUCUAGUCACGGUGUUUUGUUGACCUCGCUGCGCAAUUUAAUAGAAGACAAGAGCUGGAGAGUCCGGUACAUGAUUGCCGACCGAUUCGAAAAGAUCGCCAAAGCGGUAGACGAAGAGGUGGUGUCCAGAGAUCUUGUUCCGGCGUUUGUCAAGCUCCUAAAGGACAAUGAGGCCGAAGUUCGAACUGCCAUCGCCGGCCAGAUACCCGGAUUCUGCGCGUUGGUGGAGCGAGCUACUUUGCUUAAUGAUAUCAUGAGCAGCGUCGAAGAUCUUGUUUCUGACAAUUCCCAACACGUUCGCGCCGCCCUGGGUACCCAGAUUAGCGGAUUGGCCCCCAUCCUGGGGAAGCAAGAGACCAUUGAUCACCUCUUACCCAUGUUUCUACAGAUGCUGAAGGACGAGUUUCCUGAAGUCAGGCUUCACAUCAUUUCAAAACUGGAACAGGUAAACCAAGUCAUCGGCAUCGACCUGUUGUCUCAAUCUUUGCUGCCAGCAAUCAUUCAGUUGGCCGAGGACAAGCAAUGGAGAGUUCGCCUUGCCAUCAUCGAGUACAUUCCCUUGCUCGCGAGCCAACUCGGUGUCAAGUUCUUUGAUGAGAAAUUGAGCAACUUGUGCAUGGGUUGGCUGGGGGACACCGUCUUCUCCAUUCGUGAGGCUGCCACUCAUAACCUGAAAAAGUUGACGGAAGUCUUUGGGGUGGAGUGGGCGAGCGAGCAGAUAAUUCCCAAGGUCAUGGGAAUGGGAAGCCACCCCAACUACCUGUACCGAAUGACCACUUGCUUUGCCAUCUCGACCCUGGCCGGUGUUGUCAGCCUGACUGUCGUUGCCAAGUCGAUCCUGCCCAUGCUGGACAAGAUGGUCGACGAUGACAUUCCCAAUAUUCGAUUCAACGUGGCCAAGACCUAUUCAGUCCUCAUCAAUGCCCUGCGCCGCUUGCCAGACGAAGGGACGCUGUAUUCGCUGGAGAGGGAAGGGGCAAAGAUGAUGCCAUCGCCCAAGGGCCAGGAGCUGAUUCAACAACGUGUCCUGCCCAAUCUCGCGAAGCUACAAAAGGAUGAUGAUGUUGAUGUUCGAUAUUUUGCGACCACAGCGGCAGCCGAGGCCACAGGAUCCAUGCCGAGCGGAGACCCCAUGAACACUUCGCCAUAG